AUGCAUGCUUGUCGAUGUGCUUCCAAUGGUACCCUUUCAAAUCUAUCUUCCGGUGCCUUGGCCUUCGGCCGUGACAUGUAUUUGGACAUUCCACUCAUUGCCGACAUUCUUACAAUUCAAAAACAUCGUCAAGGACUCAUUGACAAGCGUCUGCUCAAAGCAAAUGCUCGUCGUCUUCAACAUGAUUAUGCCGUGGGUGACUCUGUCUACAAACGAAAUGUUCUCAGUCUUUCCGACAAACUCAGACCUACAUUCAGUGGCCCUUACACAAUUACUCGUGUCUACACCAAUAGUACUGUUGAAUUGCAGCUCUCACCUCACUUGUACGAAUGCAUCAAAAUCCGUCGCAUCAAACCUCGGUUCGCUCUGGAAAAGGGAGAGUGA